UGGUCGGCCGCGGUUGUCCCUACUGCAGAGCCGGAGUGCUCCUGUUCCCUGCGGAUCCUGUGUCCGGACCCGGUCCCAGCCGCCCCUAUCUGACUUUUCUUGUCAUGCUGCCGCUCCUGUUGCUGGGCCUGCUCGGCCUGGCCGAGGCCGCUGGGCCCGUGGUCUAUUUCAAGGAGCAGUUCCUCGACGGAGAUGGUUGGGAGGAUCGUUGGGUGGAAUCCAAGCACAAGAAUGACUACGGCAAGUUUAGGCUCUCCUCUGGGAAGUUCUAUGGUGAUGAAGAAAAGGACAAAGGGCUACAGACAAGUCAGGAUGCCAGAUUCUAUGCCCUGUCCUCACGCAUGGAGCCCUUCAGCAACAAGGGUCAGACGCUGGUGGUACAGUUCACCGUGAAGCAUGAGCAGAACAUUGACUGUGGCGGUGGUUACGUGAAGCUGUUCCCUGCCGGCCUAGACCAGGCCAGCAUGCAUGGAGACUCGGAGUACAACAUCAUGUUUGGCCCUGACAUCUGCGGCCCAGGAACCAAGAAGGUUCAUGUUAUCUUUAACUACAAAGGCAAGAACAUGCUGAUCAAUAAAGACAUUCGUUGCAAGGAUGAUGAGUUCACCCACCUGUACACCCUGAUUGUUCGGCCAGACAACACAUAUGAAGUAAAGAUAGACAAUGUUCAAGCAGAGUCAGGCUCACUGGAAGAUGAUUGGGACUUCCUGCCUCCCAAGAAGAUCAAGGAUCCUGAGGCCAAGAAGCCUGAGGACUGGGAUGAGCGAGCCAAGAUUGACGACCCCACAGACACAAAGCCAGAUGACUGGGAGAAACCUGAACACAUUCCUGACCCUGAUGCUCAGAAGCCUGAGGAUUGGGAUGAAGAGAUGGAUGGGGAGUGGGAGCCACCAGUGAUCCAGAAUCCUGAGUACAAGGGUGAAUGGAAGCCCCGGCAGAUUGACAAUCCUGACUACAAGGGCAAGUGGUUGCAUCCUGAGAUUGACAAUCCUGAGUACACACCUGACCCCAACCUUUAUGCAUAUGACAGCUUUGGAGUUUUGGGCCUGGACCUGUGGCAGGUGAAAUCUGGUACCAUCUUUGAUAACUUCCUUGUCACCAAUGAUGAGUCCUAUGCAGAAGAGUUUGGUGAAGAGACCUGGGGGGCCACAAAGGAGGCGGAGAAGAAGAUGAAGGAACAGCAGGAUGAGGCUGAACGGCAGCGUGAGGAAGAAGAGGAAAAAAAGCUGAAGGAGGAAGAAGAGGCUGGAGAGGACAAGGAUGAUGAGGACAGGGACGAAGAGGACAAAGAGGAUGAAGAAGAGGACGAUAAGGAGGAUGAGGAAGAUGAGGAUGGUGCCCAGCCCAAGGAUGAGCUGUAGGGGGCUGCUGCCUACCUGGCCAGGGCCAGGACUGAGGCUGGGAGCACCCCGGGGGGCCAGGCCGGGAGCCAACUAAUGUCUCUAUGAGACUGGAGAACUGUUUCCAAUGGGUGGGGUUGUUUGUUUGGGGUUGGGUGUUUUUGUUUUUGUUGUUUUUUAAACUGAUGUCUGUCUUCAUCCACUCUCCCUCAAGGUCUCUCUGUCCCCAUCAGCCUCUUGGGGAUGGCAGAUAGCGUGGGGCACUCUUCAACCAUGGGCUCGGGGGUAUGGGGAUCCAGGGCAUCAGUGCAUGGAUGCUCAGCCUCCCUAUUGACUACCCAGGGCUAGAGACUUCUGAUCCUAAGCUGCCUCCUUUCCCCAAUUGGCCUCAAGUCCCGGCUCCUUUGUUUUUUUCCCCAUCCUCAGGAGCCAGAGAGAAGGGGAGGGGUCUGUCAGCCUGGCCCUGCCCUUAGGUAUCCCAUAGCACUGAGGGGCGCUAGGGUUUGGCCAAUAGUGCCUAAGCCAAACUCUUUGCUCCCUUUUUUCCCUCUGCCAGGGCUGAGGGCAGGGGUGGGGGCAGAGCCCCUGUUGGUGGGUGGGUAGGGAAGGGGUGUCAGUUCUUGCUUGGUCACAUUGAGAAUGUAAGAACAACAAAAAAGAAAUUUCUAUUAAAUUAA